UAAGAACAGACUUCGAUUCAACAUCAGGCGGGUGCUGCCGUCAGCGUGGAACACCAUCGGGACUUUCGAUUACUUAUCGUGGUAGAUUAGUAUACAGUGACGGAUUUGGAAUUUCGUUGAUAAAACGAAGAGUUCUGAUCCGGUAUUGGAUGUAGGCCGUGUUUACUGCCCGCAAAGCAAAGAAGAAGAUCUGAAAAGAACAAAGAAGUGACAUUCUGGCGGCGAUGCUGGUUCGCGCGCCAUACUCCUUCCUUUUCAUUCUUGCGGUCUGCAGUUGGUUUAGAUAUAAUGCUGCAGUUCCACUUGCCUCUCAUUCAUCAAAUCAAAUGCAGGAUGCAUUCAAAGAGAAAAAAACAGAUUCCCAGUCUGAUUCGGAUGAUAAUUCCUUGAAUUCUGGUUCCAUGAGAGAGACGAAAACAUUGGAAGACACAUCCGAGGAUGAUGAACAUGACGAACAUGAAGAAACUGAUGAAGAUGACGAAAAUGACGAAAUUUCAAACACGAGCAAUGUAAAUCAAAAUAUGAAUAUGAAUAUGAAUACAAAUGUCUUCAAUCGCGGUGAGCGUCAUCGCAUUACGCGUAACGGCGAGCGUCAUAAGCAAACCACGACGACGGAAGAUACCACAACGGUCACAGAAUACGGGACAUUGGAAGAAAUGGCCAGGGAAGAAGCAACGAAUUGUGGAAACGCCAGAAGGAUGAACCAGAGGUACUCGAGUAGCUUUUACGAGAAUACGACGGACAACGCGCUGACCGUGGAAAAGGAGUUCCACGACAUGGUCGGCAACAAUUCCAAAGUGAAGAAAUCUGGUAGCGUUCACGAGGGCGAGGACAUUACUCUGUGCUGGAUCGAAAUGACGACUAUCAAGGAGGACAAGACCACUCAGCCGCCGAAGAGACUGGUUAUUCGCGAAUACACGAUCUCCUUUGAGAACUCGGUAACUAUACCGGAAAGGUACCUCGAAUGUAAAAGGUACGAGGGCGAACUGACGGCGAACGAUCCCGAUAUCGGCAAGACGGCCCUGUUCGAAGUCAUAGACGAAGACACGAUGGUCAGCAGGGUCGUAAAUUUUACCUCGGUCAAUCAUGCUGGUAAUGUCACUACUUGGCAACACAAAAAGGUGAAAUGCGGGGUCGGUCCGGUGGUCAGUAAGAAUAUCGUGGAACUGAACGACGGCUCGAAGAACCCGAAGAAGAGAGUGGAGAUCAAAGUUAGUCCCAAGAUGCAUCAACUGACGGCGACGACAACCGAGGAGGAACCCUGCACGGAAAGUUCCGAGGAAACUGAAGAGAGCAGCACACUCACUGAAUCUACUGAACACGCUACUGGACUAUCCUGCGAGAAUGGCGUUUGCGAAACAACCGUGACCUCCCCAAGCAUUUCAACAAAAAACGGUAAAGUCAGCACAGCUGAAGAAACGGUUACUAAGCUGCAGAGCAAAACCGAGAGCGAGAGCGAAGAAGAUUAUAGUUUGCCCCCUGUUACGAAGUCAUUAACGUUGCCUGAUGAAGAGGUAUCCAGAAGAUCGACGACCUUUCCCAAAAUAUCGACUACGAUUCAGGAAUAUCAGGAGAAGAUAGACUGCGAGGAGAAUUCGUCAGAUCCAGCGUGUUUAACGGAAAAAUAUAGUAAAUAUGAUACACCUUCUCCGGGACAAUUAUUUCCUGAACUAUCAGCUGAAGUUUCUACGACGGAAGCCGAAACGUCAAUUCCAAUCGGACGCGAUAAAGAAAUAACUGCGAAAGAAGAGGGGAGACUGAAGGAGACCACGCAAUCUUCAUUUACGUCUAGAGAAGAGAAAAAAGUAACUUCUGAUUUAGUAACUGAAGAGACAAUUGUAACAGAUAUUUCCAUGGAGUCUACAGAAGCACAUGCAUCUCAGUCAACGGAUCAAGUAUCUGUCGAUGAUAGUAGUACUAUUUCAUUGGAAACAAAGAUUAUGACAAGCGAAGAAGUAGAUAAAAUUGACCAUGUUCCAUCUUCAAGUAAAGUCACGAGUAAAGUGACUUCAGGCAAAGUUGAAACUGAACCAGAUAUUACGACCGCGAUACCGGUUGAAUUUAUUGAAUUCACGAAAGGACCCGAUAAACCUGGUCAGGGCUUGGAUAAAUUAUCCGAAUCGCCAAUCUCGACUGAGAGUGUAACCGGUCCUAUAAUUAUCGAGUCCUCAUCGACGUCCGAAGAAGUGCCCUCCGAGGAAAGCGAGGAAAGCAAAACAUCUGCAAUCGAAGGGACGGCGUUGGUUGGAGGACCAAAGACCUCUAGCGAAGGAAAAUUCGUUUCGAUGUCUACAAGAACGUUGCCGAAGGAGGUCAGAUCGACGACUUUGUCACCGGCGAUAAGCAGCGAGGUGGACCAUUCGUGCGAAAACUCCGAGGAGUGCGAACACAUCGCUAGUUCGGAAGCCUGCGACGCGUCCGGAAAUUGUGGCGAGACGACCACUAGGUGCGAUUCAGGGGAAUGUUCCAAGGAGGGGAUCACGGAGGAUCAAUCAAAAUUUGAUACGAGUCCUCCGUUAAUAAUGACGAAAGUUCCACCGUCCGCGACUAGUUCGCGAUCGUCUGAGGAAUCAGGUAUGAUCGAGACUCAGCACACGACUGUUGCGAAUGUCGCGACGACCAUGUUAACAUCUCGAGAGAACACUUCGACGGUUGUCAACAUUCCCGUCACAAUGGACACCCGAAGGAGCACGACUACAAGCACGCCGCGGCACAAGCUCACUCUGAAAGUCAAAGUUCUCCUGGAGCACAUCAACGAAAACAAGGAGAAACAGAACUUGGUCGAGGUGGAGAAACAUUUGUCGCUGGACGAGAAUCCGGGACAGCACGAUAAUCCCGAGUUACUCGAGCAAUUGAAAUCCCUGAACGAUUCCGUCAAUAUGGAGACUAUAAGCGCACUGCUGAAUUGUACUAGCUUGGGAAAUUUGACAAGGGAUUCGAAUUUCGUCAGCGGAGAACCGGGUGAUGCUGUUGACGGUAAUGACGAAGAAUUGGAAUUUUCGGAUAUUGAUCCUGAUGAGGAUUCGAUCUCAGAGCCGUUCGCUUCUGGAUACGUCGAUGCUAAAAGCGAUUAUUCGGAAUAUGAAGAGCACGAGGUAUCAUCUCGAAGAAGACGAAGACGAAGAAGUCUUGUUAAUCCAAUGAAAGAGCUAAAUAGAUUUGUUAGACGAAGUCUUUAUGAUCCCACCGAUUCUGUGGUUGAUUCUUUUAACACUUCUCUUAAUGUUUCAAAAUCUCAGCAGACUGAAUUAACAAAGGACAACUUGCAACUUUCGACAACGACAAAUUACACCGAGGAGGAAACAACGGAAAAUGAAAGAAACACAACUAAGGAAAAAGAUGAGAGCACGACGACGUUAUUUUCGACAACAAUGAGCAUCAUUGAUCUCUCAAAUGCUUCGGAAUCUCACGAGGCUAAUCAGACGAAGGAGAACAUACAGUUAACCACUACAAUUAAACCCGAAGAGGAAACGAGCAAUGCUGUAUACAUAGGAAGUGAAAAAAAUAUAACCAACGAAAGAAAUGAAAGCGCAAGAUCUUUGACGAAGGAGAACAUCAGCAACGAAACAAAAAUGGAGGUCGUGCGAGAAACGUUACCAGGAAUACAGCAGGAUGUUGUGGUCGGAUUGCAGCAUAUGGUGUCGCAAUUGGCACAAGGUAAUCUGACUUCGAUAAAGAACAUUCCAGAAGCCGUUAAAACAAAUUUAUUGGGUAUUUUGGCGGACCCUAAAGAUACCAGAGUUCACUCGAGAAGAAGAAGAGCGGCCGCGGAAGAGGUCGGACACUGGUCGAACGAAAGAAUCAAGGAGGCACCCAUGGGUGGCAAUCUUAGAAGUCUCACUGAAUUCACACUAUACAAAGUCGUUCCUUGAGUAGAUGUACGGCAAGAUUAAAUUCCAUUUUGCUAUUUUUUAAUGUCAAAAGAUACUUUUAAUGAAGCUGAAAUGAUUAUGUGUUGUGUGUAAGAAUCUUAUUGUACAUUAUAAUUCAAUCAUACAAAUUAU